AUGAAUGUCCUUGAAAGUCGUGAAGCAUCGCUCCGGUUCAAGUUAUUAGGCUCGUCACCAUCUCCAUCUUCUUCAACUACGCUCAUCGAUCGUCUUUGCAGUCUUCAGACGCAAUUGGAUCAACUUACUGCAGCUGUAUCCGGGUCCGCCAAACUUCGUGAACUCUACCAAGAGACUUCUGGCCAGUUACAGCUCACGUUUGCCAAUGCAUUCAUCCACAGCAGCUCCCGAGUUGGUGACGAGCUUAAACGUGCGGCUAUUUUAAGUUCUGCAGACCGUCUGCAGCAGGUUUCAGCUCAAUUGCAGCAGCUUCAACAAUUAACGAGCAUCUUGGACCAACUACGAGCCCCCGACGUCCAGCAGCAGACACAAUUGAUGCAAAUUGAGACCAGUUGUGAUCUACAGAGUGAACGGGCCUUGGCUCUUCACUCAAGAGUGGAGAAGAUGCUGAUAAUGUACCAGCACUUGGUGCUCGUAUUGUCUGAGAAAUGCGUCGAGUACAACGCACUGCUGGAUCAGAUGCAAACUUAA